AUGUUAGGAGGAAAUUUAGAAAUACUUAUCAAUUUUAAUUCAUUUCGAAAUAUUGAUCUAUUUGAUUAAGGAUAUUAUGCAUUAAAAGUAGAAAUGAGUUCAGAAAAUGCAGAAGUUGUAUAACCUUAUCUUGUAUUAUCACAAUCUGGAGAUAAAUAUGAAGAGUCUAUUUAAGAUUCAUAGUUUUGUUCAAAAGUAUUUGAUAUUUAGUAUUCUGAAUAAUACAUUCAAUUAGAUAAUGCUUGUUUAUUUAGAAUACUUUAUUAAGCUCAUCCAAAUAAAAAUACAGCAAUCAAAGUUAAUGUAGGUUUAUUAUAUAGUUAAACAUUGGAAGGUGAUACUCCAAUUUUAUCAAUGUAAUAAGUUAGUAAUUUUGAAUGUAUAAUUAAUAAUGCAUGUGAGGGAGUAUAAUAAGGAGUGGAUGUUAUUUUUGAUAAUAAUCAUCUAUGUACAACUAGGAUGUACAUAUAUACAAUGAUAUUGGAUUAUAGAUACACAGGAGGAGUAAAUGGAUUUUAGGAGUUUUUGAAGAUUAAAACAAAUGAUUGUAAUACACUAUAUCUAAAAUUUUAGUUGAUUAAGAAGAAGUCAAUCGAUUUAUAGGUGAAUAUGUAGAUUCUCUUGGUUCCAUAUAAACAAAGUAUCGUAAUUUAUUAAUAUAAAUUAUAAAUGAAUUGAAAGANUAUAUUGGCAAUAAUGGAUGCAAAAAAAUGAUAGACUGGACGUGA